GUUACCACAAUACCUUACUCUUUACAGUCACGUCAGAGAGCCGCUGGAAUACUCUUUACUUAUUGACAUAUGCAAAUACCAGGCCUUAUUUCGGCGAUCAAUAAAGUGAAGAGUUUAACAUACAUGUAUACCAGCAACAACGACAGACAAACAUGGGUCAACUGUGCAAAUGCAAAGUUUAUGCUGGCACUUUCUUGACAUAAGGAAGCCGCGGCCGAUUUGGGAAUUUUGAAGCUUUGACUUCGAGCUUACGGUGUGCAUCGUGUGGUGAUGAGACGUAGCCAGUAACGCCUAUCUCUGGCAAGGACAGACUUUUUCCCGUCAAGCAGGCCUAGUCAAACCAACCCUCAUUUUGUUGAGUUCACAUCGUAAGCCUAUAUACACGUUACGUUGAAACACUGCUAUUGCAAUGAACCGUCCGUGCGACGGAACUGAUCAUAAUUUCGGCAUGGAAACCGACGAUCUUCGUGACGGUCGGGAAAGACGGCGUCCGUCGGUCACCAGGAGGAAAAGAGGCUUUAAAAGAAAGAAGUCGAAAGACACCUGCAAGAAUAUACUAGCGGCGAGAAUUCAGCAGUUUGGGGAUGACACGACUUUCCAUGGUCUACGCUACGUCACCAACAGCACAUAUCAUACUUUUCGCAGAUUUGUGUGGCUGCUUGUUGUGACAGGUAUGACUGCCUUGCUGAUAUUUGACAUAAUCCGUGCCAUCAUGCUGAUGUUCGAGUACCCAGAGAUGAGUUCCAUCUCUGUCCAGUACCCACCCAACAUCACCUUCCCAGCUCUCACCCUCUGCAACAUCAACAUGCUUCGCAAAGACGCCCUGGACGCUUCCGAAGUGCAGCUGCUGUCGGACAUCUUCGCCAACCCGGCUACCCCGCCCGAUACGGACGCGCUCGUCGACUCGAAGUUGUUCAACUCGUCCAGCAACGAAGAGCUGAUGGGCAGGAUGAUCGACGCCUCUUACCGGAUCGAGGAUAUGCUGGUCAAAUGUCGGUGGGUAUCCGAGACUUGUUCGUACCGGAACUUCACCCGGAGCAUCACGGACCACGGGGUGUGCUACACAUUCAACGAUCCUCUGUCUGACCACGAGGCGCUAAUUGUCAGACAUCCGGGCAGCAGGCAUGGGUUGUUCAUGCGCUUGAAUGUGCAGCAAUAUCUGUAUACAUACGGGGAAAGUACCGCGGCUGGAUUGAAGGUGCUGCUACAUGCUCAAGGCGAGUAUCCUAUGAUCAAGGAUUUUGCUUUCUCCCUUUCGCCGGGCUUCGAGACCUCGAUAGUCGUGCGGCAGAAAGUCAUGAUAAAUCAAAAGGCGCCAUACAAGUCAAACUGCACAGACGGCAACUGGGGGAGACACCGGUUCAAAUAUUCAGCGGCUUCCUGCAAGUACGCCUGCAAGAUACUAUAUGUCACUCGGAAGUGUGGAUGUCGAGACUACAGGUGGAGCAUACGUGAUAUACCUAUUUGCUCCUUGGAAAAGCAAGUGCAAUGCAUCUACCGCUAUGAAGACGAGUUUGUUUUAUCGCAAGAGAACCAGUGUCACUGUCCAAUCGCCUGCAAAGCCAUCACUUACGGCAGAGAGAUUUCGCAAGCGUACUGGCCAGCUUCCUUUCUCAGUAAGGAGUUACAGGCAGAAAUGAAUGUAACCGAAGACUUCAUAAGGGAAAAUUAUCUUGAUGUGUAUAUCUACUAUGACGAAAUCAUGUACACAAGAAUCGAGCAAAUAGGGGCAUACACUGUGGAUAAUCUUCAGAGUGACAUCGGAGGCUACCUUGGUCUGCUGUGUGGCAUGAGCCUCAUGACAGUGGUGGAGUUGCUGGAUUUUAUCCUGGUGGCCCUCUGCAGUAGGCUGAAACGUUAAAAAUCACCAUUACGUCGUGUGCGGCAUUGUAUUUUAUUAAUUUGGUCUACUCGACAUCCCCAAGGUUCUUUAACACACACAGUUCCUGAAGCUUGAGUUUAUUAGUCCAAACAGGUCCGUUUUGACCGGAAACAUUCAUAGUCCAAAGCUCCAUGAAUGGAAAUUUGACAAGAAACUGAAAAAUCAGAAAGUGGGCUUUGAUUUGACGUGCGUCUCAAACGCCUGAGAAACUGGUAAGUAUUUUUUCUGAUUUGUUUGAAUUUCGGGUAUCUAUCACUGUUGGCUGGGGCAGUUUAUUUUACUGGCCUGAAACCUAUAGGGGUCUAGACCAGUAAAUCAGUUGCCAGGAAAAAUACAAGUUACUCAGGUGUUCAAGACAGAAAAAGCCCUUUGUAGCUUGUUAUAGUUGAGCUCUGAA